GCAUUGAACCUGCAGAAGACAGCCCCCCUUUGCUUCUCAGCAUUCAAACCUCAGCAGUUCCACAUUUAACACCCAGUGCAAGUUUGGCAGUGAUCAGUGAAGAGGUGACUUCAUUUCCCGUACCUGAAGCAAAGGACACAGAAACUCCACUUGCUACAGAAUUGCAACUCACUGCAAUUACAGGGAAACCAGAAAUUUCAUCUAUUACAUCCAAUAAAACGCUUCCAACCUUAACUUUGUCACCAAAUAUUUCUUCACAGUCAACAGAAAUGACAUCUGGGAGAAGCACUACAGCAAUGACUGGGACAACAAAAUCUAAUGUCAGCUUGUCUGCUUCUGUUGACAUUUCUCCUUUGUUUCCAUCUACUUUCAGUUCAGAAACUUCCACAGGGAUACAGCUGGUCAGUAGUGGCUCCACUAAACUGCCGAGGGCUACAGAACCUCAGACAGCAACUGCUACACAUGCAGUGACCACAAGAACAGAAUCAGAGAGCAAACCAGCGGCUACUUCUGUUUCUACUGGGGCACCACUUAGAACAACAGAAAUGCCAGUCAAAACUAAAAUAAUGGAGUUAUCAGAAAUGGCCACAAGAACACUUCCCACAAAAGAAGCACAAGUGAAACAAGAAGGACUUACAACAUUUACACCCAGUUCAUUUGAACCAAGAACAGAAAAAACUACUGCAUAUGUGCCAUGGUUUCCUACAUCACCUCUGGAUGUGUCUUCAUAUACACCACCAGUAAACUUAACAGGAGCUUCAGAAGGGACAAAAAUAAGUGUAGAACAGUCUUUUACCACAGUAGCUAAUGUUACAGUGACAUCAUUUUCUCCUAUACUCACUACUUCUUCUUUGUUAAAGCCAGUGUCUUCAGCAACAACAGAAGCAGCAGCUGUUCUAACCAAACAGAGGGUGACUACAUUUUCACCAACAUCCACACCACCUCUUUCAUUAGGAAAGACAACUACAGAACCUCCUUUUGGCAUGGUUCAACACCUGACUG